GCGAACCUUUAAUAUACAAAUUAUAUUGUCAAUUUUAAAAUCAUAGAUCAAUUAUCAUUUGAUUAUAUGACAGCUGUAUCAUUUCGGCUGGGUUGGUAUCAGUUCGACACUAGAACUGAAAACUUCAGCUUGAAUUAAAAAACCUCAGUUAGUUAUGGAUCGUCUCUUAUCGUUGUUUGGUGUGAUUUCUCUCUUUGCCUUCCUUAUCUAUCGUUGGUAUAGAAAACAUUUCGAUUUUUGGAAACACCACCCAGUGGUGCCAAGUGUUCAGGGUCGUAUCUUCGGAGGAAAUUUAAACGAGAUUUUAACGCUGAAAACCAAUUUCAGUUUCCAUGUGAAAACCAUUUACGACAAUGAACAAUUUUCCAAUGAAGCUGCUGUGGGAAUUUACGCCUUAAGACCGGCCCUUUUGCUAAGAGACCCCGAAUUGAUCAAGUCCAUACUUAUACGGGAUUUUAAUUGUUUUGCCAAUCGCUAUGGACGCAGUGAUCCCCAUGCCGAUCCCAUUGGUAAUAAGAGCUUGUUCUUUGCACGCUACAACAGCUGGCGGGAAUGGCGCCUCAAACUCAGUCCAAUAUUUACCAGCGGAAAAAUGAAGCAAAUGUAUCCCCUCAUCCAGCAGGUGGGUGAGAAUUUGGAGGAGUAUCUGCACAAGACGGGCGAGUGUUUUGUGUGUGAGUGCAAACAGUUGGCAAUUCUCUUUACCAUCGACAGCAUUGCGACAACAGUUUUUGGCGUUGCCACCAAUUCUUUGAAGAAUUCUUCAUCCCAGGCCAUAACCCAGCAAAUCCGACAACUGGUGCUGUUUAAUUUGAGAAGGGCCCUAAAUUUCUUUGUUGUCUUUAUGGCGCCCAAUUUGAAUUGGCUCUUUAGGCCAUCAAUUUUUUUUAGGGAAACUGUGGAAUUUUUCAAAACCCACACAACACAAAAUGUAGAAGAACGCAUUAGAAGUCCAAUUAGGCGCCCCGAUAUGAUUGAACUUGUCACAAAACUCCGACAUGAGGUGGUGGAGAAAGGUGGAGAUAUCAAGGAAUUUAUGGAGUUCAUUGUGGCCCAGACAGUGACAUUUUUUUCGGGUGGAACGGAAACCUCAUCGACAACAAUUGCCAAUGUUCUCUUUGAAUUGGCCAAAAAUCCUCACAUCCAGCAACGUCUAAGGCAAGAGCUGUUGGAUGCCUUCUCUAGGGGAAAUGGUUCCAUAUCUUAUGAGGAUCUAAGUGAAUUGGAAUAUCUGAGCAUGGUGGUGGAUGAAACGCUGCGUAUGUACCCAGUUUUCCCUUUGAUUGAAAGGCAAUAUUUGAAUCCCAAGAAGGAGGUAUCUGAGGGAUACUCGCUGAGGCCAUUCUACGAUUUUGAAAUACCAAAUGGCAUGCCGGUCUAUAUUUCGGUCUAUGGUUUGCAUUAUGAUGAGAAAUACUGGACCGAUCCUCGAAAAUUUGAUCCAGAACGUUUUUCACCAGAGAAUAAAGCGAAUUUAAACCCCAUGAUUUAUUUACCUUUUGGAGGUGGUCCCCGCAAUUGUAUUGGCGCCCGAAUGGGCUUAAUACAGGUUAAAACAUGUAUUGCAUAUAUCUUGAAAAACCAUCGUAUUGAAAUAUGUUCGGAAACGAAUUUGCAAACGAAAUUUAAUCCCAAGGCAUUUGUAUUACAAGUCGAGGGCGGUAUCAAUUUGGAAAUAGUUAAAGAUGAAUUAUAUAACAGAUCCGUAACGAAGAAAAUGUUGCAAUUAAUAUUUAUUUUAAUAACAAUUUUCCUACCCAUCUACUGGUGGUACCAGAAGCAAUUUUCCUAUUGGACCCAGCAUAAAAUGGUGCCCAGUGUGAGAGGCAGUAUUUUCAGUGGAUGUUUGCUGCAAGCGCUGCGUUUGAAGACAAAUUUUGGUUAUCACUUGAAGGCAAUUUACGGCAGACCGGAAUUUGCCCAUGAGCCGGUGGUUGGAAUCUAUGGACUACAUGAACCUGCAUUGCUGAUAAAAGAGCCGGAGCUAAUCAAAUUGAUACUUGUGAAAAAUUUCGAUAAUUUUCAUGAUCGAUUUCCUGAGCAAGAUGUGGAACAUGAUCCAAUUGGUGGCCAAGCCUUAUUUAUGGCUUCCUAUGGUAUCUGGAAGGAGAUGCGCAGCAAAUUGAGUCCCCUAUUUACCAGUGCCAAAUUGAAAACCAUGUAUGGACUCAUACAAAAUGUGGCCCAGAAUAUGGAGGGGUAUUUGGAGAAGCAACCACGUGUCCUUCGCUGUGAAAUGAAAGAAUUCUGUGCCCGUUAUACUAUUGAUAUCAUUUCCUCGGUGUUAUUGGGAUUUCAGUCGAAUUCCUUGGAAAAUCCCUCGGAGGAGUUGAGAAAUAUUAUUCGAAAAUUAACGGAAUUCACCAGCAGGAGGGCAUUUGAUUUUGUCAUUGCUUUCUUUGUGCCACAUUUAUCACGAGUGUUUAAAUCGAAAUUGUUGUACGAAGAAACGGAAAAGUUUUUGAAGACUUCCAUUGAUCAGGCAAUCAGGGAGAGAAAAUCAAGUGGUGAGACUCGCAAUGAUUUGAUAGAUAUCCUGGUCAAGUUGAUGGAUGAGGCAGAGGAGAGUGGUCGAGAUAUGUCGCAAUUUAUGAAUUGCCUGUUGGGUCAAGUUGGUAUAUUGAUAUCGGGAGGAUUUGAUACCUCAGCCACAACCAUGUCAAAUGUUUUAUUGGAAUUGGCCAAAUGCCCGGAAAUACAAAAACGUCUUAGAAGAGAAAUUCAAGAGAACUUUGCUGGACACGGUGGUCCAUCCAUAUCUUAUGGGAAUCUUAGUAAAUUGGAAUAUCUAGAUAUGGUGGUGUGUGAGACUUUACGUUUAUAUCCGGUCUUGCCAAUACUGCAGAGAAGAUAUAAUAAGCCAGCCGGGACCAUGGAGCAAUAUUCUCUGCAACCCUAUUCAAAUUUCUCGGUGCCGAAUGAUAUGACAAUGUUUAUUUCCAUAUAUGGCCUACACUAUGAUUCGAGGUACUGGCCUGAACCUCUAAAAUUCGAUCCGGAACGUUUUUCACCCCCGAAUAAAGCAAUGCUGCUGAAUUCAAUGACAUACCUACCGUUUGGUGCUGGUCCCCACAAUUGUAUUGGAGCUCGUCUCGCAAUGCUGCAGUUGAAGUGCGGUUUAGUACAUCUCUUGAAACAUCAUUCGGUUCGAGUAUGUGAUCAGACCGUACUGCAACCGGAAUUUGAAGCUAAAGCAUUUAUAUUGAAAAUUAAAGGUGGAACUUAUUUGGAAAUUGUAAAAGAGACUAACGAAUACGGAAUAGCGAAAUAAAGCGAUUAUGUGAUAGACUUUUUCAUUCCAUACACUAUCUGGAAUUUAUUAACUUCGAAUGUAAUAUUCUUAAAAAAAUAUUAUACCUAGAUAUAUAACUUAUUCCGAGACUUAUAGCAAAGGAAAAAUAAAAUUGUAAUUUAAAAUAAUAAUGU